CCGCGCUGAAUUUCCCAGCCCGCUGCCCUCCUCCUCCCUCUCGGCGGCGGGGCGGGCGCGAUGGCUUCCUGAGGGUGAUGCUCCCGGCCGCCGCCGCCUCUGCCGCCGCCGGGUGCUGGGUGGGCGCGGGCGGCUCCCGGCGGCUCUCGCGAGAGCGGCGCACGGCCGGCCCUCCUCCCCCGCCCCGCUGGUUGCAUGCUCGCCUCGCCUGGCGGAGGGACGGCGCGCCGCUGAAGCAGCCCCGCCACCGGGCACCGCCGGGCGCCGGGCAGCGCCACCAUGGCCGAGGAGAGCUCCGACGUCCCCAAGGAGUUGAUUGAAAGUGUCAGGGAUGUUAUUGGGAGGAAAAUCAAAAUUUCAGUCAAGAAGAAAGUAAAGCUGGAAACCAAGGGAGAUAAAGUGGAUAACAAAAUAUUGGUGUUGGCAUCAUGUCGGGCGUUUCUUUUAACAUCUCGGAUUCCCAGCAAGUUAGAACUAACUUUCAGCUACUUGGAAAUCCAAGGAGUAACUUCCAAUAAACCGGGGCAGUUAAUUAUGGAAACUGAGAAAUGCAGCAUCUCCAUGAAGAUGGCGUCCUCGGAGGAUGUGAACGAGGUGCUGGCGCACAUUGGGACCUGCCUCAGGAAGAUAUUCCCUGGACUCUCACCAGUGAGGAUUCUGAAAAAAGUAACUAUGGAGCCUUCAGAAAGACUGGCUAAUCUCCAGGCCCUGUGGGACAGUCAGACAGUGGCAGAACUUGGACCUUGUGGAGGCUUUUCACAGAUGUAUGCCUGUGUUUGUGAUUGGCUGGGAUUUCCCUAUAGAGAAGAAGUACAGUGGGAUGUUGAUACAAUAUAUCUGACACAAGAUACCAGAGAGCUGAAUUUGCAAGACUUCAGUCACCUUGACCACAGAGACUUAAUACCUAUAGUUGCUGCUCUGGAGUAUAAUCAGUGGUUUACAAAGCUGUCCUCCAAGGAUCUGAAAUUAUCCACUGAUGUCUGUGAGCAGAUACUGCGAGUGGUGAGUAGGUCCAGUCGGUUGGAAGAACUGGUGCUAGAGAAUGCUGGGCUUAGAACAGAUUUUGCACAGAAACUAGCCAGUGCCCUAGCCCAUAAUCCCAGCUCAGGACUCCAUACGAUCAACCUUGCUAGCAAUCCACUUGAAGACAGAGGUGUGUCGUCUUUGAGCAUCCAGUUUGCCAAACUUCCAAAGGGACUGAAACACUUAAAUUUAUCUAAAACUUCCUUGUCACCUAAAGGGGUGAAUAGCCUUUCCCAGUCACUGAGUGCCAACUCACUGAUCACAAACACGCUCAUCUAUCUUGACCUCUCAGGGAACGCGCUCCGUGGCGAUGAUCUUUCAAGCCUGUACAAUUUUUUGGCUCAGCCAAAUGCCCUUGUUCAUCUGGAUUUAUCCAACACGGAGUGUGCGCUAGAUAUGGUGUGUGGAGCCCUCCUUCGUGGAUGUCUUCAGCAUCUAGCUGUUCUUAGCCUCUCUAGGACUCUGUUUUCUCACAGAAAAGGAAAAGAAGUCCCUCCCUCCUUCAAACAGUUUUUCAGCAGCUCACUUGCUUUGAUGCAGAUUAAUCUUUCGGGGACUAAACUCCCUCCUGAGCCUCUAAAAGCGCUUUUAUUAGGCCUGGCUUGCAAUCACAAUCUGAAGGAGGUGUCUUUAGAUCUCAGUAGCUGUGAGUUAAGAUCGGGAGGUGCACAAGUCUUGGAAGGAUGCAUAGCAGAAAUACACAAUAUCACCAGCCUAGAUAUUUCAGACAAUGGCCUAGAAUCUGACCUCUCAACCCUUGUAGUCUGGCUUAGUAAAAACCGAUCGAUAAGACACUUGGCCUUAGGCAAAAACUUUAACAACAUGAAAUCCAAAAAUCUCACUCCAGUACUUGAUAAUUUAGUUCAGAUGAUUCAAGACGAGGAUUCACCUCUGCAGUCAUUGUCCCUCGCAGAUUCCAAGCUGAAGACUGAGGUCACCAUCAUUAUUAAUGCCUUAGGCAGCAAUACUUCUCUUACAAAAGUGGAUAUUAGUGGAAAUGCCAUGGGAGAUAUGGGAGCAAAGAUGCUGGCAAAAGCCCUACAGAUAAACACUAAGCUCAGAACUGUAAUAUGGGACAAGAAUAACAUCACUGCCCAGGGCUUCCAGGACAUAGCUGUGGCACUGGAAAAGAAUUACACUUUGAGAUUCAUGCCUAUACCGAUGAAUGAUGCUUCCCAAGCGCUUAAAACAAACCCUGAGAAAACAGAAGAGGCACUGCAAAAGAUAGAAAACUACUUGCUUCGUAACCACGAGACCAGAAAGUACCUACAGGAGCAAGCAUACCGGCUGCAGCAAGGCAUUGUCACUAGUACCACUCAGCAGAUGAUUGACAGAAUAUGUGUAAAAGUGCAAGAUCAUCUCAAUUCUUUAAGAAAUUGUGGUGUGGAUGCUGUACAGGAAGAUGUCAAAUCUGCAGAACGGCUUAUGCGGGAUGCUAAGAACUCGAAAACACUCUUACCAAAUCUUUAUCACCUCGGUGGAGCUUCUUGGGCAGGAGCAAAUGGUUCGCUGUCCAAUCCAAUCCAAGAGACACUUGAAUCCAUGGCUGGAGAAGUCACAAGGGUUGUGGAUGAGCAACUUAAGACACUCCUUGAGUCUAUGGUGGAUGCAGCAGAAAACCUUUGCCCAAAUGUGAUGAAGAAAGCUCACAUCCGUGAAGACCUGAUUGAGGCUAGCACUGAGAAGAUUUCCAUCCCACGCACUUUUGUGAAAAAUGUCCUCUUGGAGCAAUCUGGAAUUGAUAUCCUCAAUAAAAUUAGUGAAGUAAAGCUGACAGUAGCUUCUUUCCUGUCUGACCGAGUUGUAGAUGAAAUCCUAGAUGCACUUUCCCAUUGUCAUCACAAACUGGCUGACCAUUUGACUAGACGUGGCAAACCGCUUCCACAGCAGGAAUCGCUGGAAAUUGAGUUAGCUGAAGAAAAACCAACUAAACGCUCUGUCAUCACAGUUGAGGAGUUGACAGAGAUAGAACGUUUGGAGGACCUGGAUACUUGUAUGACUCUCUGCUGUACAAGUAUGACCCCUAAAUCAAAAAGGAAAAGCAUCCACAGCAGAAUGCUCCGGCCAGUGUCCAGAGCUUUCGAAAUGGAAUUUGAUCUAGAUAAAGCACUGGAAGAAGUACCUAUCCAUAUAGAAGACCCACCAUUUCCUUCCAGCAGGCCGGACAAACGAACUUCUGGAUUCAUUUCAGAGCUGCCAUCAGAAGAAGGGAGAAAACUGGAACACUUUACAAAAUUAAGGCCCAAAAGGAAUAAAAAGCAGCAGCCCAGCCAAGCAGCAGUGUCUGCUGGAGUGCCUCCAGAAGGGGAUCAGAAUGGCCUCAUGGGGAGAGUGGAUGAAGGUGUGGAUGAAUUUUUCACUAAGAAGGUGACAAAAAUGGAUUCGAAGAGACCAUCAACUAAAAGUUCAGACAGCUGUGAGCCGAGUGAAGCAGGUGAUGAGAAGAAGAAAAGGGACUCCAGGAAGAGUGGCUUCCUUAAUUUAAUCAAAUCAAGGGGCUCCAAAUCUGAGCGUCCCCAGACUGUGUUGGUGGCAGAGGAGCCCUCCUCACCCAAGGUUGCUGCAAAAAGUUCAGCUGUGGACACAAGCAAGAAGGAGGUAAAGCCUGCAGAGCAGAAUGGUGGUACAGAGCGAUCUGAGGAAUUAAAGACACCAGAUUCACUGGAAGAGGUGCAGCCAGAUGAUGCAGCAAAAUCUGAGAGGGGUGACAGCAAAGGAAGCCCACAAGGAGGCCGGAGGUAUGGAGUGCAGGUGAUGGGCAGUGGACUUCUCGCAGAAAUGAAAGCCAAGCAGGAGAAGAGAGCAGCCUCCGCUCAGAAGAAACUUGGGAAUGACACAACUCCCAGAGAGUCUUUUGACACAACAACAAGCUCAGAACGACUGGAUGGAAGUGGUACAGUGCCUAAGCUGCAGCAGACCCUUCCAGAGAGUCGGUUUGCCUCGAAUAAAGGUGACUCCAUCUCAGCAUCAUCAGAAAAAAAUUCAAAAGCUGAACCAAAGGCAGAAGCUGGUGUAAAGGCAAGAAGUUCUUCCAAUACACCGACCAGCCCAAAACCCCCACUGCAGUCAACAAAGCCCAACCUAGCGGGACGACCCACAGUGCCACAGAAACCACGCUCUGCCUCUCGUACUGAGGAUGCUCCGGAGUCUCCCUCCGGCCCCAGUUCCCCAAAAGUUGCCCUGCUUCCACCUGUGCUGAAGAAAGUUCCUUCUGAUAAAGAAAAGGAUGGUCAGAGCAGCCCCUCAGUCAGACCAUUUCCUCAAGAAGACAACGGUUACAUAGAAGGGAAGGAGCUUGACAAUUUUUUUCAUCAUCUCCUGGAGAAACUGGGACCAGAAAACACCAUCACAGAAGAGAAAGUUCAGAGGCUGAAGGAGCAGUUCAUGUCUGCCUACGAUGUCACCCCAGACAGACGCUUGCAAAUUCAAGAGCUUGCAAAUAUAAUCUUGCCAGAUGAUGAGAACUUUCUGCUGCUUUUCCGACAGGAAACUCCCUUGGACAACAGUGUGGAAUUCAUGCGGAUCUGGCGCAGUUACGAUGCUGAUAGCAGUGGAUUUAUUUCAGCUGGCGAGCUCAAAGAUUUCCUGCGAGAUCUCUUUUUGCAGCAUAACAAGAUGGUUGCUGAAGAAAAGCUGGAAGAAUAUACUGAUACCAUGAUGAAAAUCUUUGACAAAAACAAAGAUGGACGGCUGGACCUGAAUGACCUGGCAAGGAUUCUGGCACUUCAGGAAAAUUUCCUUCUUCAAUUUAAAAUGGAUGCUUGCAGCACAGAAGAAAGGAGGAGAGAUUUUGAGAAGAUCUUUGCACACUACGAUGUUAGUAAAACAGGAGCACUUGAAGGCCCAGAAGUGGAUGGGUUUGUCAAAGACAUGAUGGAACUGGUCAAGCCCAGCAUUAGCGGGGUGGACCUGGACAAGUUCCGUCAGAUCCUGCUCAACCACUGCGAUGUGAACAAGGAUGGGAAAAUUCAGAAAUCUGAAUUGGCUUUGUGUCUUGGGCUUAAAAUGAACCCGUAGCCGGGAAAGUGCUCAUGGUUGUGUUUCCCUCAUGAGAUUUGCCUGCUCCUCCUCAUAGAAGUGUGUCCGUGCUGCUGUGCGAGCAGGGGGGAGCUGGGGCACCAUGCCACCAGGCUGGAGAGUGGCUGCACAAAGACGUGGCAGAGUGGGAUUUGCACGGAGGGCCUCCCUGCUCUGCCAGUCCCUUUCUGAUGCCACCGCUUGUGGGUCCCCUUAGCAAUGUCUUUACCCACCAGCACAUCAGCUGCUCAGAAAAGGGGUUACGGUUCUUCUCCUGCCCCCAUGAAACGCUGCCCUGCCCAUCCCCUAGGCUAGAAUCAAGCAUCUCCUUAAAAAGUCCCAUCAAUGCUCUCAGAGUGCAGCUAGUAGGUGUUUCUGAUGGUCGCCUUAUAUGUGUGAAGUCAUUACUUUGGUGAGUGUCGUGCUUUGUCUGUGCAUUUAAAAAAUUGGAUGGAUGGCAGUGUAUUUGUGCAGAAAUAAAAAAUGGCAGUUAUAGAAAU